ACGUACGCACCCAACAUCUCCCCUCUUUAAAAACGCCUGUACAGGUCGAACCUACUGGGCGGUCUUCUAUGCCUAGAAGAGCGACGUGGUUCUCGGGUUGGAGCUUGUACCGGAAUUGGGGCAUUCGUUGGAUGCAGCGGUUCCGCGUUUGAGGCCGUACGCGGAUCGAUGACUGCUGACGUUUGUGGGUGUGAUGCAGACGAUACGCCCGUGUAUGUAGAUGUAGUAUGCUGUAGCGAUGCUGAUGAUGGUUCGGCUGUUGAUGAUAUACAACACGUCACUGAGUUCCGGUAUUUUCCCACGCUUAUGGAAGACCUCGUGGAUGGUACCAAUAUUUAAAAAAGGGGAUCGCUCAUGUGCUUCAAACUAUCGCGGUAUCACAUCACUUUGUGCGGUAUCAAAAGCUUUUGAGCUUCUGCUUUACGGCCCUAUGCUCUCCGCUACAUCGAAUUACAUUAUGGAUAACCAACACGGGUUCGUACCCAAACGUUCAACAUUAACGAACCUCACUGAAUUCGUUAGUUUCUGCAAACGUAAUCUCGACUCCGGAGGUCAAGUGGAUGCUAUUUACACCGAUCUCAAAGCUGCUUUCGACCUCAUCUCACACGACAUUUUAAUCGCCAAAUUGCAGAAGUUAGGGUUUUCGGAACAAAUAGUUAAGUGGUUGCAUUCCUACCUCACAGAACGCUCAUACAAGAUAAAGGUAAACGAUCAUACAUCUAGAGAGGUGCUUGGCACCUCAGGAGUGCCUCAAGGCAGCAAUUUGGGCCCGCUGCUCUUCAUUCUUUAUAUAAACGAUGUAGGGCAAUUGCUAGCGGAACACCGUUUUCUUCUGUUUGCCGAUGACGUUAAGCUGUUCGCUCCUAUCAACGAUGCCAAUGACUGCAUCAAUCUUCAACACGCCAUCAACCUAUGUUGCGACGAAACCGUUCGACACUCUUGGCGAUUGAGCACCCCUGAGACGAAAGUCUCACCGGGCGAACGCCAAGAGAAGUGCAAUGAAAGACAGAGUAGACCGUCGGGAGAAGCAAUCCAACCAGCGAGGAGAACGGAGCAGAAUACAAAUCCGCAAGAGUGACGAAGAUUAGUAAGGAAGCGUAGAUAUUCAGAUUAGUGAAGGGACGAGAAAAUUUCAGAACCGUGUCAAAGGCGGUUAACGAAAAAUCAUCCCAACAUUUUCUGAAAUUUUUUCUGACAUCAGAGAAGAAGUAAGAUGGACAGCACACCGAAGUGCCAGCUGUGCAACCGACCCGAAGAAGAGCAAGCCACGAUGGAAAAAUGCUGCUUGUGUACGAAAUGGGAGCAUGCUGAGUGUGCAGGACUGUUCGUGGAGAUCAAAGAUCCAGCAUCGAGGUAUGUAUGCUCGAAGUGCAAAGUGAAGCAGGAAACCACAGCUGCUAAAUUUCGUGACGAUCGGGACACAGCCAGUUUAAAGCCUUCAGUGCGGUCCAAGAAAGGGUCAGUGGCUUCUACUAAAAGGAGCGAGAGGAUUGCGCAAGGAAGUGUACCUUCCACUCUUCUCUCAGUGAACGUGGAAGAGCAGUUUAAGCUGGUUGAAGAAGAGAAACGCUUAAGAGAACGCGAAAUAGAAGAGAAGCGAGAGCUGAAACGCCGCGAGAAUGCAGAGUUAGCCCGCCAACUAGAGGAAAAGAGAAAACUGGCCGAGGAAGAAAGUCUUCUUCGGGAGAGAGAGCUUAAAGCCGAAGCGGAGAUGAACGCUCUCGAAACCAGCGUACGUCGUGAAUCACUCGAGAAAAAGCGCGAGCUGCUGUUGCAACAAUCUCGCGCCAGCAACAUGGGUUCACAGGAGAGCUAUUGUGAGAAGGUAGUGUGCUGGCUUAGAAAGAGUGAAGAAAUGCCUGGAGAAAAGGAAAGGGAGAAAGCUGUCUCUCGCGCCAGCUCGAUGCUAAUGAAUUUACAGCCUUUUGUAACAUCGAGUGCCAGAAAGAGAACGAACGAAAAGACCAUGGUGGAGGAACGAGUGAAAGAACAAUUGGAUCUAUCAGGGAGACAGAUAGCCGCACGUCACGUACUUGGUAAAGAAGUUUCCUACUUUAGUGGUGACCCGGAAGAUUGGCCGCUAUUUUUUAGUACCUUCGAAGAAACAUCGCAAACUUGUGGGUUUAGUAAUGCGGAAAAUUUAAUACGGCUACAAAGAUGCCUCAAAGGAAACGCGCUCGAGCUAGUGAAAGAUCAACUUACGCUGAAAGAGAAUGUGCCCGAUAUACUCGAAACGCUCAAAAUGAUAUAUGGUAAACCGAGCCUACUUAUUCGUUCGCUCCUUAACAAAAUCCGCUGCAUGUCACCGCCGAGACCGGAUAGAAUGAGAACAGUGAUAGAAUUUGGUUUAUCGGUAAAAGCUCUGACUAAUCAUAUGAGAGCAGCUAAACUAAACGCGCAUCUAAAUAACCCAACUCUAUUGGAAGAGCUCGAAGAAAAAUUACCAGGUGAUAUGAAGUUGAAUUGGGCCGCCUAUCAAGAAGAAAAGGCAAUAGAAGGGCUAGAAGGCUUUAGUGAUUAUGUCUCACAACUGGCAAAACGUGCAUGUGCAGUUACGAAUGACCUACACGAAAUAGCUAGAAUAGGAGAAAGAAGAAAAAAACAUACGGUCGCCUUAAACACACACGUAAGAAUGAAUGUUGAAGAUGAAACACCGAACGAAAGGUCAACGUCCUCAUAUCGUCCUCCUAGUGCAACACAAAGGAGACAAUGUGCAGUAUGCCAACGUGAAGGUCAUCGUGUUUACGAAUGCGAGCAGUUCAAAGCCGCCGAUGUGGAUGAACGUUGGAAAUUUGUAAAUACCAAGUCACUAUGCAGGACGUGUCUAAAUAACCAUGGUAAAUGGCCUUGUAAAUCCUGGCAAGGUUGCGGGGUGGAUGGAUGUCGCCUGAAACACCACCAGUUGCUCCAUCCAACAGUAGCAACCGAUGAAGCCGUAAGCGCAUGCGCAUCACACACAAAUGAGGUAAAUGCUAUAAGUCCAUUAUUCAGAAUACUACCCGUUACCCUGCACCAUGAUAAUACUUCACUAACAAUUUAUGCAUUCGUAGAUGAGGGCUCGUCAUACUCAUUAAUCGAUGAAACGAUAGCCCAAAAGUUGAACGUGCAUGGCAAAAAAAACACCAUUGACCCUACAGUGGACAGGACAAGUGACAAGGAAAGAGCCCGGCUCAGAAAUAAUACGCCUGCAAAUAUCCGGGAGAGAUAAAAACAUUAAGUACGGACUGGAAAACGUGAGAACAGUCAGCCAACUUAUGCUUCCAACACAAACGCUAAAAUACGACGUACUACAAGAACGAUACUCGCACUUGAAAGGGCUACCACUGCAGAACUACACACGCGCACAACCUCAACUGUUGAUCGGAUUGGACAAUAUCCGGCUUGGUGUGCCAUUGAAAAUUCGCGAAGGACGGCCACCUGAGCCAAUCGCUGCUCUAUGUCGACUAGGUUGGUCGAUCUACAGAGGAAGUGCAAAAAACAAGGCACCAGCAGCGAUAGUAAACUUUCAUGUUGCACCCCAGUCAGAUUGUAACAAAGAAGUCAACGACAUGUUGCGAGACUACUUCACGAUAGAGGAUUACUGCACGAAAGUUACAAAUGAGAAACUGGACACAGAAGAAGAAAGACGAGCGAAUCGCAUAUUAAAAGAAACAACAAAACGCGUCGAGCAAGGUAAUCGCUUCGAAACAGGGCUGCUUUGGAAUUCUGACUCUCCAAAUUUCCCUGAUAGCUACCCUAUGGCAGUUAAACGAAUGCAAGCACUAGAAAGAAAGUUCGCACAAAUGCCGGCACUUGAAGAAAAGGUACGGCAAACUAUAUCGGAAUAUGAAGCAAAGGGAUACGCACACAAAGCUAGCCUAAAAGAACUUUCAUCUCAGGCAGUUGAAAAAUAUAGUAUCUGCCAUUGGGGGUGGUACAAAAUCCAAAGAAGCCAGGCAAGAUAAGGUUGAUCUGGGAUGCAGCAGCAAAAGUUGAAGGAGUAUCAUUCAAUCUAAGAAUGCUGAAAGGGCCGGAUCUUCUGGCCCCGCUGCCACAGAUCUUAUGUCAGUUUCGACAAUUUCCAGUAGCAGUGUCGGGGGAUAUAAUGGAGAUGUUCCAUCAAAUCCGAAUUCGUCACCCUGAUCGCCAAUCACAGCGCUUUGUAUAUCGCAAGAGCCCUUCAAAUCCGAUACAAAUAUAUGUAAUGGACGUGGCGACGUUCGGUUCUACGUGCUCUCCCGCCGCAGCCCAGUACGUGAAAAAUCUAAAUGCACAAGAAUACUCAACAAAAUUUCCACGGGUUGCUAACGCAAUCAUAAAAAACCACUACGUAGACGACUAUUUGCAGAGCUUCAAGACAGUAGACGAAGCAAUACAAAUCGUGAAAGAAGUUAGUCUCGUACACUCUAAGGGCGGUUUCACACUUCGUCGAUUCAUGUCCAACUCGACAGAAGUACUAAAAAGCGUCGGAGACUCAGCGGAAGAAACGUCAAAGGAUCUUAUGCUAGAACGAGGAGAAAACACGGGGUCAGUCUUAGGAAUGAAAUGGAAGACAGGCGAAGAUGUCUUCACAUUCUCCUUCUCCUCCAACGAAAGUGUCCAGCAUAUUCUCCGCGAAGACCAUAUUCCCUCAAAAAGAGAAAUGUUGAAAGUCGUAAUGAGCCUAUUCGAUCCUAUGGGACUUAUAUCCUUCUUCCUGGUCCAUGGGAAAACCCUCAUUCAGGAAGUAUGGAUAAGAGGCAUCGAUUGGGAUGAUCAAAUACCGGUCGAUAUAUAUAAACGAUGGCGAGAGUGGACAAAUCUACUUCCACAACUAGAUAAACUACGCAUACCAAGAUGCUAUUUUCAAUCCCCUUACCCUAGAAAUAUCGAUGACAUACAGCUGCAUGUCUUCGUAGAUGCAAGCGAAACCGCGUACUGCGCUGUGGCGUACUUUCGA